AUGAGCUCUGGCAAUAGUGAGGCAGGCGACAUCGACGAGUCCAAGCUAGCCGGCGACGACGGAGAGAUAUACCUCCUCAAAUGGCUCGCCGACACAGAGAAGGACCUCAAGUCUGGCACUCCACACACAUUCAAGACCUCUCAAGCAAUCUACGAAACGAAACUCCUCAAAGUCGUAGCAGGUAACGCGCCAUACCCGAGUCCGGGUAGACCGUUCAGAAACAUCGUUGCGCGAUGCCUUGUGCUGCUGUACUCGAAGGGAGAGUCGAGGACGCUAUUUGAUACUAUGCAGAGUUUGUUGAAGACCGUGGGUGAUAUGAAGAUGCCUGAUAUGGAUUUCAAGAAAGUAGCCGCCUUUUAUUGCAUUGGCGAGCUAAUGUCUGCCCUCGGCUCCCAGAUCAUGUCUCUCAUGGCAGAAACCGCAGCUGUAUCACUUAGAAACUUCCGUGCUUCUUCGAAUUCCGUACUUCUGCGUUUUCACGCAUUGACAGCGCUCCGUAAAGCACUCAUGACCGCCGGAAGGGCAGUACCAGAAUCAACAAUGAAAGAUGUCAUCAAACAGUCCAGGCAAGCGCUCAAUGACAAGGCUUUACCUAUUCAGCGCGCUGCAGCAGAAAUAUUGAUCGUAUUAUACCCAACGGGCGACGGUACACGCACCGUAUCAGACGUCGAAUCCAUCGUCACCGCAUGUGUAAAAAGUCUCGAGAACGCAGACCAAGCAACGCGUCGUGCGCUCUCCCGUCUCGUUGGACACAUGCUCGCUUCGACUCAGACUCCACGUGCCGUUCCACCCGUCGACACCUCAAAGAAAGGCAAGAAAGACCAAAAGAACGGGGACGACGCAGAUGCAGACAUCGCUCCUCCAAGCGCUCUCGCAGUCGAAUCUGCCGUAAAGCCGAUCUUAUCUCCAGCAGAGAUGUUCUCCCAGCUUUCGACACAUUUCAACAAGUCCACUGCAUCGAGAAAGACGAGGAUUGGGAUUUUCGAUUUUUAUGCUGCGUUGAUCGCGACGCUCGGUACGAGUUUCGUAGAAGCAAACUACGCGACAAUCGUAAAGCACUUCUUCACGGAGGUGCUUAACGCACCUCGUCCACCCGGUGGACGAGACGAUUCGUUACUCAUCAACAAACUCGUCGGCACCAUCCUACGAGACCUCAUCGGCGUUCGUCUACUCAGCGAACAAGGUCAAAUCAGUGCGAUUCAAGAACUUUCACGCAGCUACUUGAAGAAAUGGCCUGCGUUGAUGCCUGGACAAGUCGCUCCAGACGCUUCGGUGCUCGUCAUUGCACUGAAAGAAGUCGCAGGACUUGUCCAACAGCUUGGAAACGCACCUCCACCCGUUCAGGACGCCCUUGCAGACCCACUCGUCACGCUUCUCAGUCAUCCUUCGCAGAGUACCCGAGUCAGCGCUGCAUGGGCGUUACGAAGCUUCUGCUUCGCUACCCCCUUGCGCAUCCCAAAAAUCGUCCUAAGCGUACUCGAGCUCCUCCAACGCGACAUGUCAACUCUCUCCACGCCCGCUGCACCCUCCGACAUCUCCGCACGAGCAAUAGGCCACGCAUACGGCCUCGGCGCACUCUUCGCCGUCAUCCCCGAACGACCACUCUACGUCUCCGCAGACCUCAGCGCAAAAGUUUUCGACACUGCAACUCAACUCCUCAGACGUGCAGGUGAACACGACAUGCACGUAGCAACAGUAGAAGUAGAAGCUGCUUGGACGACAAUCGCAGCUCUUAUGGCUCUAGGACCUUCCUUCGUCCGUGCGCAUUUACCGCAACUUCUUGUGCUUUGGAGGAAUGCCUUACCGAAACCGACGACGAAAGAUAAUUCCCUUGCGCGUGACUCGGCGGAGUGGGCGUUUUUGUUACAUGUUCGUGCGUGUGCGCUUGGUGCUGUACGUGCGUUUCUUAGACAUAAUGCUCGUGCGCUGGGGACGAGGGAUGUUGCGAGGCGGUUGGCGGGGUUGCUUGGAAACGCUCUGUCACUUGCGAAUGCUUUCGUUGGUGCACAGGGGUUGGGGAGUGCGGUGGCUGGUGCGCCGCAGAGUGGGGGUGGUGCGCUGGGUGCACCCGACGCUGCUAGCGCACUCGCAGCCGCGAGAGAAGCAUUACUCCGUCGACGCGUAUAUCAAUGUUUCACGGAACUCGGUUGCGCGGGUUUACCCGACGCAACACAAACAGCUCUCCUCCAAUCCACGACUUCACUCUUCUCAAGUCCAGAAGGAUACUCCGGCUCGGCAUUACAAGCAGCAAUAGCUUCCGCAGGGAACUUCACCAGUUUAUGGAACACAACAGACGGGUAUGCAUACGGCGUUACGACGUUAAGAGUCGAGAGUGACGGAGACGCAGCGUUGUUGGGUGCAAGUGACUUACCCGGACAACGGGAUCGGCUGAAUAGGGAUUCUAUCGAAGCGAAGAUCGACGAUCUGAUUACGCAACCGGUAAUCGGGUCCUGCGAACACGACCCUCUCCUCCUCUGCCAAGCCCAAUCAGCGUUAAUAGCAGAGAACGAAUGGCCAGAACCUCCUCCGCCUGCAACAGCCGUCGUCGACGCUGCUAUAGAGCUCUUCGCUGCUCUCUUACCCUUACAGGAUUCAUCUUCCUGUGGACGAGUAAUUAACGAAGCGCUCGAGUCGACACGUUCACAGAAGUUGGAGAAGAACGCAGGAAGGAAGGCAGCUGUUGUGGUGAAUACUACUGUUGCAAUUGCGUUGGCGUUGAGGAUUGCUACGACGAGUUAUGCGAGGACGUGUAAGGAUACGUUGGGGGGUACGCAGAUCGCGAAUAACCUCUCCUCGUUUCUAAUGGAAGCCUUGAUAAGCGGCGACCCAAUCCUCCGCCUCGCAUCCAGCGAAGCCCUCGGCCGUCUCGCCUCCCUUUCCUCCACAACCUUCCUCACAUCCCAAGUCAAAACCCUAGUCGACCAAGUAGUCAACAACCGUGACCCUUACGCCCGAGCAGGCUGUGCACUAGCCUUUGGAGCAAUAUACACACACGUAGGCGGACUCGCCGCAGGUCCCUUACUCAAAACUACUAUCAAUGUACUCAUGUCUUUGGGUAACGACCCCCACCCGGUAGUUCAUUUUUGGUCCUUGUGUGCUCUGGCGCAGGUGAUUAACGCUGCGAGCUUGGCGUAUGCGCCUUACGUACCUAGUACGCUUGGUAUGCUAUUCAAGUUGUACUUAAGCGAAUCACACGAUUCCGACGGCGGUACACCGGGCAACGCGAACUUAAAGGGUGGACAUCCCGUAUAUCAAGUUAUCUGUCAACUCGUCGACGCGGUCGUAGCGGUUUUGGGACCGGAUAUUCAGGAGAGUAAUAGGAUGAGGGGACUCGUGAUGAACAUCACGCAUGAGCUCGCAAGCGAACCGGAUGGAGGGGUUUGUGUAGAAGCUAUCAAAUGCAUCCAACAUCUCCUAAUGUUCGCCGCUUCUUCUGACGUCGACAUCAAUCAACUCGUCAACGAACUCCGCGCACACCUCUCCUCUUCACGAAGACCACUCAAAUUCGCAGCGAUCAACGCGCUCUAUCAACUCGUUCAAAAGGACGCGUUGGCGAUGUCGAAGUUGGGAGGAGAUAAGCUUGUGGAAGAGUUAUUUGGGAUGUUGGAUAAGGAUGCGUCGAUUGAUGGUGUGAGGAGUGUGAUUACGAGUUGGCUUGAGCAGACUGUUGUGUAUAACCCUUCUGCGUGGAUUGAUUUGUGUCAGAGGAUUAUGUCGAGGACGACUGCUUCGCAACAAGCUUCUUCUUCCUCGGACCCGUCGUCUAAAAAUGCCAUGGGAGGUGGUGGGCUAGCGGAUGAUGAAGGACAGUCUCUCAGCGUUGGUAUCUCGCAAGAUUCAGCGGACUCGAGUAAAGGGAACCUUACGUCCCGUUGGCGGACUCAACUCUUUGCGUUGAGGUGUUUACAUAGUAUAUGUACUAUCGUUGCACGUUCCGGUCGACGCGAACACCUCGAUAUUCGAUUUGCUAGGAGUCAGAAGUUGGUGUUGUCGAGUUUACUUGUGUCAAGGGUUCCGGAUUUGAUCAAGAUGGCGUUUACGGCGAGUGCAGCAUACGUAACCGAAAUCCGACUCGAAGGUCUCGUCCUCCUACGCGACGUAAUCGAGGUAUUCGCAAAGUCUCCCGACCCAGAUUACGAAGGCUCUCUAUUACUUGAACAGUAUCAAGCACCGAUAACUGCUGCGUUGACACCUGCGUUCUCGGCGGAUUCGACUCCGGAGAUAUUAGCGUCUGCGGUACAGGUUUGUGCGGCGUUCGUGGGGAGUGGGAUUGUUAGGGAUGUUAGUCGAAUGGGGAGGAUUUUGAAGCUUUUGACUUCUGCGUUGGAACAGUCGAAAGAAUCUGGGAUGCUAUCUCUCGGCGAAGCAGGUGAACUUAGUCCAAACGCCUCUGUCAUGCUCCGUAUUUCUACGCUUUCCGCUUGGGCAGAGUUGGAAGUUGCUAGUAUUCAGCAGAGUUACUUGAAAGACGUCGUUGGGCCGUACCGAGCGAUUUUGGGUGUUCUUUGGGUUGCGGCGUUACGGGAUUAUGCGAGUGUUAAGGGUGAUUCUGAGGUGUUCCAGGAUAGUGUGACGGCGACGAUUGAUGCGCCGUAUGCGAGUUUGGGGAGGGAGGUAUUACUUCCGUAUUAUGAGAAGUCCUGGUCUAUCAUCUUGCACGCUGUAGCAACUGCGAUGAAGGUCGGCGAUCCCUAUAUUCUCGCAGCAAUGGACGGUCUCGAGUCAACCGACCUUAACAACAAAGACAACCCACCCACUCUCAUCCAAAGUAAUAGCUCCUCAUCUCGAGAAGAACCCACAGCGCUUUUCUUCGCCAUCUUCGGUCUAAUCUACGAAGCGCUCGCAACUUCCUCCGCAGACGCCACGCCCUCUCCUACAGUCCGGCAAAACGCCAUCAUCGCCCUAGAAGCGCUUAAGAGUCUCGUGAAACCUGAGUACUCGGGAAAGGCGUUGUUAGAGAGCACGAUUUUCGAUGAAUUCACAAGUUUGUGUUAUCGGAUGGCGAUGACGGAGAGUGCGGCUGUACAGACGCACCUUGUAGAAGCUGUGGCUGUUUUCGCAACGUCCCAGAAGGAGAGUAUGUUGGCUGGAAGUGGGAGGGAUGUUAAUGGCCAAACCAGCGGUUCGACACUACCAGACUCACCUCUAAUGCAUUGCUUUAGGAUCUGCGCGUACGUGCUGCGGAACUCUAUCUCAGGACCAGGUGGAAUUCGUGCUUUCGCAUCUGAUUCUGCAGCGGAUCGAGUUACUCUGAUCCGUGCUGCAUUCGCUGCUUUCUCUGCUGUCGCCGAGGCGUUCGGUCCAGGCUUACGUGAGGACAUGAGAGUAGUCGGAAUUGCGAUCUAUGCAGAGCUCUUGAAAGAGGAGAAAUCAGAUAUUGACAUGGCCGGUCCAACACUACAAUCAUUAAAAGCUAUGCUCGAUAACUCUCCAAGUAAACUUCAAACGGAUGCGUUAACGAGGUAUUCACGUUUAGUGCAUGGGUUGUUCUCGGCUUGUCUGGUGAAUAUUGAUGAGAUGCGGGGCCGACAAGGAGCAAUAUCGACAAUGAAAGUUACAAAUAACCUCCUCGCUGCCGUCCUCAUCCUCACAGUCGUCCCGCCGUACGUUGGGUUCAGCGAAGCAGCACUAGAGUAUUGCUGUUCCUUGAUAUCUCAGAAAUUACUGGAGAAAGAGGUUUCACUCACUGCUGCGCAUUGCACAAAGACGAUCGUGCUGGCUGGGACGUCGGGCAACGUGCUGCUGAAACAUUGUAUGAAAUUAUUGUUACCGGGGAUGAUUGAGUAUAUCGCGUUCGUUGCGUCGUUGGCUGUUGAUGGACCUGCACAAGAGACGCAUGUGAAGGGUGUUGAUGAGAUUUUGAAGGCUUUCUCGGCGUUCUUUUCAGCAACGCCUGAUGAAUUUCGCGCACGCACACUAGGUGUAUUACUCCCAACUCUCGCCCUCCUUCUCGACCCAUCAAAAUCCUCUUCCUCCUCUUCUUCCACCUCCACACCUUCAUCCACAAUACUCAUGCACAACCUCGCCGUAACGCAAAUCCUCUCACUCGCCACUCUCGCUCCGGGAGCGUUCAAAGACGCCAUGUCGAAAAUGGAUGAGGUGGAUGGAGGUAUGAAAGAGCGGUUAGAGGUUUCUGUUAGACAAGCUAUUGGUGGUACGAAAGGUGGGGCCGGUGCGAUGCAAGGGAACGCGAAGCCACAAAUUUCCUUGAGGUCAUUUUAGUGUAGCUUAGGAAAAUAUGAGCGAGAAGACGGAAAUGUAAUAGGAAGGAAGGCUUUCAGACAUGAGUAUUUUGUAACUUUAUUUGUUGAGUUCAUUGGACCAGUUUGUCGACAUUUUGCUCGACAAAUGCCUGUUGAUCGAAUAUAAAU